GUGACUUUUCUCAUGAUAAGACGCUCAGUGCUUCUCGGCUGUGAGUAUCGCAAGAGGACAACGUAGUUGUAUUGCGAUAUCUCACUCGGCCUUGUUUGUGUGAUGGUGUCGAGGGUGAAAUUGCUGCAAGUGCUGUCCCUAAGUCAAAUUGUCCUUGGAAUUGUUGCCCUCUUCACAGGGAUAUCUUCUGUGAAUGUCACGACCUACUACAACGGAACGUUCGGAAUGGGAAUAUGGCUUGGUGUUUGGGUAUGUAACGAUCUGUAACCAUGUCAUAGUUACGAUUAUCAACACAGCUGCCUAUCAUUCUCUGAUGUAUAAUGACGGCUUCACGCAAAAUUAAGGUUAACUGCUCACCAUUACGUUAAAACAACAAGAAGUAAGAGCACAUGAGUUCAGAGUUUAUAUAGGAAAGGACUCUCAUAACAAGGGCCUUGAGGAAAGUAUUUUUCUCCGACUAAAACUAAUUGAUGUUUUCUUUCAACAGGCCUAGAAGCUAGAAAAUUCGAUUUUAACUAUUUGUAACAAAAACUGAAAACAGAUUAUUGGGGACAUAAACGAUACAAGAACUAGUUGUAUAUUGCCUUCUGAUUAAUACGAGCUACAGCUUUAUCGACGUAAUCUUUAUCUCGUCUAUCUUAAACCUAAACCCUUUAGUAAAAGGGGUUACAUCACGCUAUUUGCUGUCUUUUAACCUCUUAAAUCCCAAUAUCCACAUGCAAAUUCUCUAAACUGGUCUCUAUACAUUUUUAUAAAGAAUAAGUUGAGAGAAUUUGAUAAAAGAUCAGAGCAUUUCACCUAAGGUGAUUAUUAUAAUAAUUCUCACAAACUUUUUCUUGAUUGUAUAUUGAUAUUGUUUGGGAGAAAAUUGAUGUUUGUCAAUCUUAAACUUGACCUCGCAUCAAAUAUUGAAUCAGUUCCAAAAAUAAUGGUCCAGUUUUGUUUUCUCGGACUAUAGUAGGCAUUAAAACUGUUUUCGGUCGUCCGUUGCAACGUGGCAAGGCCCAAAGGAUGGACAUGGAUUGAAACUUGAAAAAGUUGGGCUAACUUUUUCAAUGAGUUUUAAUGCUGUGUCCACAAAAAUCACCAAGAAAUUAUUAUGGUUAGUGCUCCCUGAUGAAAUUUGAUUGAUGUCUUUUCCAUAAUCCUACGACGACGACUUCAAGAAAACAAUAGGUUUGAUGAUCAAAACAACUGCUCUGCACGUGCAUCACGCUUUUUAGUACAUUUCUUUGACGUCCACUGCACGACUACGACGUGAAACCUCCUAAUUUGACGUUUUAUGGAGGACGUGGACAUACUACGACGAAUUUCCCUUCAUCUUUUUGAGCCUGAAUAAAAUCCUUAAAAAUUCAACUCCAAGAAAAUAUAAGCGCUAUAUAAAUAUUCUAUUAUAUAUUUUAUUAUUAUAAAAGUCGCCUGCAUUUGACAUAUUGAACGGAUCCAAAUAGAUACGAUUAAGUUUGAAAGAACGCAAAUUCAUUUUUUUACCGACUGCCGUCGUCGUCGUCUUUGCUUAAGGUCCCUAAUGAUACAGCCGGGGCAUUGAAUGUGCAAAUGAAGUCUGUUUUGAAAAUGGUCUCCUGUUGGUCUCCUGAUUCAAGGGCGGUUUAUAUUCUAUAUUUAAUAUAAAAGACAAAAUGGACAAAAUCAUGCAAUAGCCACGUGACUAGGCUAGAGUGCAAUAAUUUCAUGGAUGAGAUGAUUUAGAUGGCUUAUUUGUAGGGACAACAGCAAAGCAAAUACUUAGCAAAAAAAUCUUAAGUCAAACCCCGUUAAUACCGACCCCCCGGAGGGCCGGGGCUAUAGGAAGUGUCCAUACUGUCAAGCCCCGAAUUACGGACAUCCGUUUAAUAUAUACGGACACCUCCUUAUUGCGCAUUUGAAUAUUUUAUGGAAUUUGCGCAUUAUAAAUGUUUUAUUAUUAUUAUGAUGAUAAUUGUUAUUAGUAGUUUUUAGAUGGUCAUUUUACGACAAUUCUCUUUCGUACACAAGAAGAAUGUACAAAGGGUAUAUAUUUUAAUAUUCAUUUAUAAAAAAUAUAUAUUAUUAUUAUUAUUAUUAUUAUUAUUAUUAUUAUUAUUAUUAUUAUUAUUAUUACGGAUAGUUUGCUUUGAGUCCCUGGGGAAAAAAGCCCUUACAUUUUCUCUAAAUUCAACCCGCUUAAUACGGACAUCCCACUGAUACGGACACUUUCUAUGGCCCCUUCGGUGUCCGUAUUAACGGGGUGUCCGAGAAAAUGUAAGAGCUUUAUUUCCCCAGGGGCAAAGCAAACUGUCUUUAAUAUUGAGGUGUCUGUGUACUAAGUGGGUGUCCGUAAAGCGGGGUUUUACUGUACUGUGUAUAAAAGGUUAGGGAUUGGACAUCAGGGCGGAGCCUCCCAAAAUAAAAGUUUGUUGAGCACCUCUCCCCCCUGCUUUAUGAGCUAUUUUUAGCUAUAAAGUGGAUAUACUUUGUUUACCAUCUUUUCAAAACACUCCACUGUUAUCCUGCAGCUAGGUGGCUGUGAAUGAAUGCGUGGAAUGCAAUAAAAUUACCUAUGAAAUGGGAUCUCGAGAGAGUGAACAUACUUCCGUGUCUGGUGAAUGGGGCUGAAUGGAGGAUGACCGGAUAAAACACACAAGGAUUGCUUAUUGAUAGGUUUGACCGUACCGCGGCCACGGAAAUGCGAACGCCAGGGAGCAAAAGUGAGCCAUUCUUACCGAAGUUUGGGAUUAGUCAAGCGCGAAAUGAGCUCUUUACAACAGAUAAAUCAUUCCAUUUAACUCUGCUGGAUACUGGCCAAGUUUGGCCCUUUCAUACUGAGAAUUGACAACAACGAUAGGGGAAGUUGAAAGGGCACGUAAAAAACAGACGUUUUUUUUAUUUUUUCUUAUAAUUUUUUUAAAAUGGAUGAACACUAGUGAGCAGCACAAAGCACUAGGGAAGAGGGAACACCCUCGAACCGUUUUUUUUUUUCGUGGCCUUUCAACGCACAUUUUGAUAAACUUUGUGAAAAUCAUCGAACUCUUGCAUUGGAUAGUAUUUUCCAAUUUUUUAUAACAGUGACAAGGGAAAGUAACUGUGAGGUUCAAGUGAACUACUCUGUUGAGUACGUAGGAAUGUGUGAACUAAUUACCACGGUCACUGCUUCACUGCUUCACCAUGCAUGGAAAUAGGGCGGAUUGGGGCCCGUUUCCCAGUCAAAAGUCCUGAUGAUAAACGGGUCCAAACACUGUUGUUUGUAUUGAAGACCGAGAUUUCAAAAGUUUUGCUGAUAUUAUGACACAACUUUUACUUAGCAAACAGUCAAGUUAACAAACUGGACUGGUUUGUUAGCUAGGCGCGCUUUGGUUCUUUAGAUUUUGAUUUGAAUAUCAAACUUUGGUUUUGGGCCCGAAAAGUUACCGAGACUUUCAAGAAAUGGCCCCCUGGUGUGCACACCAACAAAAGCAACAAUAAUCUUUAUUUGCAUGACUGUAACAAAAUGUUACAAUGUUGCAAAAGGAACUUAAAAUUUAUUAUCAAUUCGUUAAUAAGGCCUCUAGCUUGGCGUGACAUAAUCCUUGAGCUAAUACCUCUGUCUACAGGAAAACGGUAAAGGUUUAUCAAGCCAUUUAAAUCACUCUUCUAAAACUUUUCAAAAUACAUCAAAAUAGAUAAUUUUUAUUACUUUGUGUUCUGUGUGGUACGGUUGCGAUUACGAUGACGCCCAUGAUUACAUAAUGAUACUUUAAAAUGUAUCAAGCUUUCCAUACCCCUAGAAAACUCGAGCGGGAUUAACGUUAUGCCGCGUCUGAAACCCUCCGGCCCUCUUCUAAACGAAAGAAUAUGAUUUCAUACUCGAGUUCAGACACUUUAGUAGAAAGCACAAAGCCUUAACCAAUUUUAGACCAAAAAAAGCUCAAAAUCAUACCUUACGUAACAUAUUAAAAUAAGAGAAUACCCCCUGGCCAGGACAGGCUGGAGAACAAUGAAGCAUUCCUGUUCAAAUAUGAAUUGUCUUUUAAUCGUACUACAUCUCUCAGUGUUUUUCGAUAUCCAACCUUGCUUGUGUGAUGGCAACGAAGAUGGCAUUGUUGCAAGUGCUCUGCUUUAGCCAGGUUUUCCUUGGAUUUUGUGCCAUAUUUACAGGGAUAUCUACGAUAAAUGUCACGGAUUACUAUAGUGGAGUGUUUGCAAUGGGCAUAUGGCUGGGUGUUUGGGUAUGUAACCAUACAUGUUAUAGCAGUUACGAUUAUCAUUCAGUAGUAUGAUCAUUACCCAGAUAGUUUCUAAGCUUUAGCGUAAAGGUUUGUUAUCUUGGCUGCUAAUCAGUGGUUGCUUUGAAAAGGCAUCAGAGUAUCAGUCUCAAACGGCAGCCAGUUCAGUCGGGUAGACAGGGCGCAUAUAUCUAAUAGCAUGAUAGGCCUUGUCGAGUCUAUUUUUUCCACAUUGACUUUAUGAUCCUUAAGAGAUGUCAUGCAUUUUAUAAAAUAUUUUAAUCAACUGGUCUAGGAUAUAAUUUGAUUUCCAAAUUGAACUGGUAAACAGCUUCUCCAUGAAGGGUUACAUCACUGAAAAAAAUUGCUUUCCACAAGGUGUUCUCAGAAUGAGGUCAAAAAGAGAUUUUGAUCUCUCUUUCUCCCCUGUCUAAAAUUUUGGCUACUUUAUUUUCUUCACGGGUCGUCAUGUUACCUUUAUUACUUUCUCGUCAAGCAAAGACGUUGCGACCCUGGCGUGAAGGUGCACAAAGAAAAAGGAACAGAGUAGCACUUCCAAAUGCAAAAUUAUGAAAUCAUUUAGGAGUCUUUGCACAAUUGCUUAAUUUGCGAUCACAACUGCCACUGAGGCGAUAAUCUUUACUUUACCUUAUUUUACGUUCGAAGGGGUGUGAUGUAUAUCCACCACUUAAAGAAAAGGUCCCCAUGAUCAGACAUUUUAACGAUAAAUAUUCAGAAAACCUAAUCCGAGUGGUUGCUGAAUUAUGCCUAUUCCCCUUCAGGCAGUUGGUCUCAAGGUUUUGCUUACUAAAAUACGCCCUUCUCUCUUUACACUGUCAAAUUCUUUCAGCCUUUGGUAGAGGUCAAUUCUUAGCUAGGGACGGUAAACAAGUUUAGGAAGAGGUGUGUUUUGAUAGUAAGUUGUGCUGGCUGCUGUUAGGGUUUCUGUUGGGGUUUUUCAGUAAUAUUUUAACUUAUAGAUUACAAUAGUUUAUUUUUGAAUACAGCGACUUUCUGUGUUGUUCAAGAUUGUUUCACCAGAGCUUUAUAAGCAAACUGAAAAAACUAAACCGGCACUGUAGCAACAACAACAACUCUGCACGUGCAUCACCAAUUUUAGGGCAUUUCUUUCCCUCAGCGCACGUGUGUACCACGUGAAGUUUCCAAAUCGAACCAUCUGUGACGAAAGUGACGAAAAAUCUGUACAUUUGAAAACUUCACGUGAUAGGCACGACAAAGAGACGGACAGAUUCACGUGAUUCACGUGCAGAGUUGUUGUUGCUGCUUUUUUUUUCGUCUGUGUGUCACGUGUGCUAAUAAAAACGGCUUAUUCAAAGACCCGGAACACCCGAACACCCGGGACCACUCCCCAAAAAAACCACGAUAAUAAGCCAUAGCUAAUCAUGGUAAAACAUAAGUCAAAUAAAAGACCAAAAAAACCCUAACAGCAACAAAGCAGAGAAAUGUAAAAGAAUUUAGGACAAUCGUACGUAUGUUUGUCAGAAGCACAACUGAUCUAACCUACUCUGUAAAAUAAUUGUUUGUUGCUGCUGUUGUUGUUGUUGUUUAGUCAGGUUUAGUUUUUUUAAUUAUUUCUGUAGAGUCAAAAUCAUCACUGUUUGGAUGACUCUCUUAUUGCCACUAUCGUCCCAAAUGAUACAGGAUAAAUUGCCAUUAAGCGGUGCAUUGGAAAAUAAUGAAUCCUGACUAACAGUAAAGGAACGCUUGAUGCACGCCGAAGAGGGUCUGCGGGGGAGGCUAGACAAACAGGGCUGUUUCUCUCUCCUCCAGGAAGAGAUUCUCGCUGGGUAUCCCAAUAAAAAUCUUCCCAUCGAGCCCCGCGAGCUUUCUUUUUCUUUCUCACCAGCCUCCCUACAACUCAAAGAGGCCUCCGGUGCGGAAGAGAGAGGGGCUGUUUUGGGGUUGGCUCAUUUCAAAACACAAAAACAGUGUUUCAAAAUAGAGACACAACUGGAGAACUCUACAUGUUUCAUUCAAAGUUCGUACUAUUCUCGUGACAGCAUAAUUUAUAAAAAUGACAAAGAGGUAAAUUCCCCUGAAAGUGAAAGUCGGAAACAAAAGAAGGAACGCCUGAUGGCAGGUUUAAAAGAGGUCUAUUUAAUUGGUGGGCUUGCAGCAGGAAUGCAGCCUUCGAUAAACGGGGAGGACUGGGCUCCUCAAACCCAAAUUAGUUCCGCAGUUGCUUCAACGCCUGCUUCAGCACGUACUAUUUUUAAAACAACAUGGUGAUCGGAAGUGUGUCGUGGUUUUGUAUUUGCUCGCAAUAUCUGGCUUUUCUUGCAUAGACAUACUCCAUGUGGAUUUUUGUGAGUAGUUCAGAUGGCUACAAGUGCGAAAACGCUAAGAGUUCUCUCGCCCUGUCAUGUUAUUCUUGGCAUUCUCGCCAUUGUGAUAGGAAUUGCUUCGAUGAAUGUCACGGAGUACUACAUUGGAGUCUUCGGAAUGGGAAUUUGGCUUGGCGCUUGGGUAUGUAAGCUUAUAAAGCGCUACAAAUAUCCAUAACAAUGCUAUGGAGCUCGUAUGACGGCAAUGUCUUGAGAUUUCUGUGUGUCGACCUCCAAGUUGGAGACUAUGUUUCCAUGAUGCUUCCUAUAUUAAGCAUAUGUUUGAUCUGAAAAUUCAUGCAUAGUCAUCUGAUUGUGCUGAGACAGAAUCAUAAAGACGAUCUCAUAGUUGUUAUUUAGGCACGGACUCUACAUCUUGUGCGUACUUUUAGCUUCUUUUUCCGGUUGUUAAAAUAUACGCUUAUAAAGCACUUUGAUCAUCUUUCAACACGAAUUUAAGCUUGAUCUUUAUAAAUUUAUCCAAAACUCCAAAUUUUGUUCCGUGAUUCAGCAGUGUUUUUGUUUUUGUUAAAUUCACGUUUGGCUUGAAGUAUUGUCAAAAUUAGCCUUGAAUAUCACCCACAGAGAACACAACGCUACAGCUAGCUUCUUUUGUUUUUGAACAGCUGUAGUUUUUGCUUGAAAAGUUAUAGUUGCGUUUUUUAUUACAUUGCUUCAACAUGGUAAGGCCUUUGAAAAUAUGUGUAAGCUUAUCUUUAGUUGAUGUCAAGUUCAGUUUUGAAUCCUUCUAUUAUUCAGCCACAAAUACUUGAUUUUGAGGUAACGCCAUGCAAAAUUGGAAACAAUAAUUUAACUUAUGCAUGUUACGUCAAACCCUUCAGUUUGUUUCAGUCACGUAGAACAUUGAACCCAAUAUUUUGCAAAACUGUUACAAUAUUUCCCCUGACAGGUUGACCUGUCUACUUGUAGCAUUCCUCUCUUACAUACAUGACAGUAAAGGUGCAAUUUCACAAUGUUAGCUGGUGAUCAGUUAGAGGAACUUGCUGGCUUGGAAUUUUUUAAAUUCAUUUACAGUGAGGUUCAUAUUUAUCGUGAAUAAUUUAUAAAUAUUUUUGAGCCACCAAAAAAUGUAUACAUAAAAUGUACACUGUUUACGUGUUUUUUUUAUUAUUACUUUGUAUUUUUUGUUAUGUUUUCUGUAACUUAAUUCAGUCGAGUUCACCUUGCAGAACUUUCAGAACAAAGCGUACUGACAGUUUUUGUAAUUUUUUUAAAAGCAGUGCCCAGAACUGCAAGUUUUCUCACAAUCCUAUCUGCAACUUGUCACAGGGGCCAAACUUUACAGUCUUCAUGAAUGAGCAUCAUAUACAAACAAUACAAUAUCUCCAUUGGUUUACAUGAUAAUUAACUCAAAUAUUUUCAUGCAAGUUAAGCUGUUUGGUGAAGCGUUAAUGUCAAACUCUAUAAAUUACAGGUUCAUUAAUCUCUUAUAAUUGCAGCUGAAAUUAAAAAUGUUCUUCAAAGUGAAGUGACUGCAAUUGGUUGCCAUGGAAUUGCAGUAUUAAUAUCUAAACAAAUAAAUGGGAUUUAGGUGUAUAUUAGCUUGUUAUGUGCAGUUUUGACCUAGUACGACUGCAGUCUAUAUUAUGUAAUUUUCUACUGACGUCACAGUAUUACUCAAGGUUGACCACAAAAACCAAAACAAUAGUUUAUUUAUUUAUUUAUUUUAAACCAAUGUGUUGUUGUUUCCUUCAUUUUGCCUGCCCAUGUUAAGAGAAUCAUUAAUUUUAAUGAAAAGCAGGUCAAGCAGUCAAGAUAUUAGCAUAUAUUACUUUUCUCAUCAAAUGUGGUUUGCCAUAAAAUAGAACUUAACAAAGCAAUUUAAUGUGCUCUUAUGUUACUUGAGGGUAAUGAUAAAUACACACUUUAAGGACAUGCUUUUCAUAAUUCAUUGAAAAUGUUGAGGAAAAUUCAGUUCAAAAAAUAAAGAAUUAAUUUGAUCAUCUUUGUGAAAAGUUUUUCGGAAAGCAAUUUUUUAUAGAGGUUGUUUGAUAUUUACUGGCCUGCUUUUUCAAAGAAAUACACUGUGCAUGUUUCUAUGUGUAUGUAAGAACUGCAUCAAAUUUAGUACACUUUUUAUAUUAAGUACAGAAAAUGGUUCAAGUUUUGAACUUUUUGAUACUGCAACUAUGGAAAUCAUUGGCUUUACUUCAGAAACAAUCCUUUGCAUCAGUGAUGCAAACAGCCUUAAUUAAUUGGGCAGUUUCCUUCCAUACUUUUUCUGGGAUCAUGAAAUGCUCACUCUGUAUUGGAUUCUUUUUUGUGGUGGCACAAAAAUCAAUCCAGUAUUGUAGUGUGGAAACAUGCAGUGUGUUCUCCAUCUCUGCUUGCCUUCCUCCCUUUGGGGUCAUCCACUAGAUUAGCCUUUGCUAAUUGGAUGACUUCAACUCGCUCUCUACUUGAUGUUACUAUGAUUUUUAUUCCUUAUUUAAAUUGUAUUAAUUGUCCAUGUAAAUUUAAUCUGUAUUUUCAUAGAAGUAUGUUGAAUUGAGCAAGUUAAAUAAAUCAUCUAUCUAUCUAUCUUGUAUGUAUUUUUAUAUUUUUUUUUUUUCAGAUUCUUCUGACAGGUCUGGCUGGGAUGGCAAGUGCAGCGAAGCCAGGGAAUUAUUGCAGGGUAAAACAUUAAUUACACAUGACUGUAUAGAUUCAAGUAAUAUAUGAGCAGGCACUCAAGGCUUACAUGACUAUAUAGGAAGAUUGUAUCGUAAAUGAUCAAUUAAUUGCCUUGGUGCUUAUUUCAUUUUCCCUGUUACGGGUGGGGCGCUUAUACAAGAGAGGCGCUUAUUUCAGCCACAGUUCAUGCCAUUUUGGAUGUUCACAUGGUAUCAGAUCGAUUUCUGUGCUGGCAGUGGGAACAUCACAGCCUAAUUACUGUCAUGACUUUGUGCGCCAAUAAGCAGGAAUAUCAUAAGAAGAAAUUGGAUCUGGUACUGUAGAGGUCAUUUUGUUUUCUUUCCCCUGCUAGCACCUUUUAUCCACCUUAGCCCUGCAUACUCUUGUAAAUGUCAGGUCAAAUUUCACUGCAGAGCCCAAAGAAGGUGGAACACUUUAGAUCUCCAGAAAAUUGACUGUUCAUGCAGUGGUCCACUUCAGGAAAAAACUUUAUACAUGUGCAGUCUACUCUCUCUCACCUCUGUAAAGCAGACACUCAGAGAUGGUCCCUCCCUUUCUUUACUCCCUUUAUUUGACUCUGUGUAAGACGGACAUCUGUCGAAGACGGACACAUACUGCAGGUCCCCAAGGCAUCCGUCUCAGAAAGAGUUGACUGUAUUUACCCUGCUUUAUGGACACUCACUUAAUACAGACACCUUGUUAUUAUUGACGCUUUUCUAUUAUUUUUCCCUGGGGAGAAAGCCCUUACAUUUUCUCUAAAUUCAAUCCACUUAAUACAGACACACCUGUUAAUCCGGACAACGGACACUUGUUUCUUACCCAAUCAACCUCACUAAUGCGAACACAUCAUUAUCAACCUUCUGCAGUAACAGAUCUUGCCUUUCUGAAUGCAAAAUAAUCCUUCAGUUUACAGCCUUUCAAUGUUCCCAAUGCUACAAUACACCAGAUAGGAUGAUUUGUAGUUGUCAAUUUGAGACUAUUUUGGCAUCCUUCAAGUUAAGCAGAGAAUUGUUUAUAAGAAAUAUAUAGAUGAGAGAUUUUUGAGUGCUUCUGUGGAUUUAGUCCACAGAAUAGCAGCUUUGAGAAAGUAAUGUUCUCUUUCAUUGGAGCUUACUCAGGCCUUUUGGUAAAGCUUGUAAAUAAAUAUUUAAAGAAAGAAAUGAAUAAAAGUUGGAUGUAACACAAAAUACUGUAAGAUUGAUAAUGCAAGUUUUACCUCCACUCUUCACAGAUUGGCACAUUCCUGGGCUGCUGUGUGGUUGCCAUUGUUAUCCUAACGAUUUGCUCCAUUUUAAUUGGCACUGUGGUCUUGAAGCAUUUCCAGUUUGAGUCGUCUGUGACCCGUGAUUAUUACAAGGGCAAAGGUGUCUUUGGCAGAGAGAAUCAUGAAGAUUACUAUAAACCAGACCAGUACUUUGUGGACAGAAAUAAAGAAGGCAGGGUUGGAUUAGCCGUCUACAGUUGUCUGCUCGUCGUCAUCAUAGUCGACGUUCUAUUAAAUGCAGUGUCAGUGUAUGUUUGCCGUGAUCUUGCUUCCAGCAAUGGACAGGUAAUAUUAGCAGUUUACUCAUUGGGGAAAUAUCUUGUUAAUAGUUAGGAGAUACAUGUACUGUGUAUGUCACAAUUUCUAAAACACAGAGGAAUCUUAGAGUACAUGUAACCUGAAAAAUAGUUUAGUUCUAUUUGAAAUUACUCUGCGGCUAUACAUAAACUGCAAGUGUAUGUCUUUGGCAUUCUAUGACCAGGAUGCCAGCAGAUUGCAAAUUGAGAACCUGGGUCAACCAUUUCAAGUUAAAUUCCUGUGCAUGACCAAAACUGAUAAUGCUUUGUUUUCUCUUUAGUUCAAUCAUCUGAUAUACUCCUUCUUUUAGAGUAUGAAGAACGAUGACUGAGUGUGCUUAGUUCAAAUUUCAGUUCAGCUUUGACAAAAAAUAUAGAACUCACCAUGACACAAACCCUUGAAUUGCCAAUUUACUAAAACUUUUACAAGUGCAAUUUACAAUACAGUAUAUCUGUUGUUUUCAGACGCUAACACAAUGGCUACACUCGUAAAUUGCACUUGUAAUUAUUGACCCCUGGAUCUACAUUUUUGAUAAAAAGUGAGGGCCAUGAGACACUUUUGUCUUGUGUAUUUAUUUGUAGCAGGUGACCUGUGCUCUGACCUGUAUUCAGUACCAACAGGCCUAAAACAGUGUGGUUUUAGUUAUCUACAUUGUACAUGUACACCAUGAAAAAAGUUCGCAACAUAUCAGUUGUGGCUCAAUUUUAUCCUUGGUUUAAUUCUAUUUCCGUUUGUUUGAAAGUCAUUAUCAUACAUUUCUAUGCCCCAAAACAAAGGAAAAUAAAAUUUAAACCAAGGAUAAAAUUUAACCACAACAUAUCCACCACUUGGUAGGAAGGGGUGUGGUCAUGAUUCUUGUAUAAACUCUGUUCAGUUUUCAGAUGAUUUUCUCCUAAAAUAUGCUGUCCUUUUUUUUUACCAUGACUGUAGGCGACCAAUGCGGGACAAAACAAUCGCCGUACCAGGUCCGCAGCAUCAGGCCGAGGCCAUAUAAGUAGUGGUACAAUUCCUGUUGCGGAGCUUGGACUGACCAGGCAGACCUGGGCCGAGCUAGUGUUUCCAGGAACACCUGGGACGAUACAGCCGAUUCAUUUGAUCCAGAACUCAGAUUUUCAAUUUUAUACUCCCUAUAAAUUACCGGUAAGUUUCGUCAACUUGACCUAGGCCUCCCUCCCUUUUUUACUUUUCUUUUAGGGUCAAAUUUGUCUCGUGAUUUUGGGUCAGUCAGUCGGUCAUGAUCAGAUGGGAAAAAAUAUUGUUGCAAGAAGUUUGGGAAUAGGAGGGACUUGAACUGUGGGAUUUGAGCUGUAGAAGAAAGUGUGUCGUUUUCUCAGUUAUUAAAGUUAAAAGUAGUAGCUAGUGAUACGUAAUCCUGUUACAAUGCUUGAAUUUUUCAGAUUAAAAGAAUCAAUUAGAACGUAUGUAAUAAUAACUACAUUGUUACUUUUUUUGAGAAUGCCAAAAAUUAGUUUCAAUCGGACAACGCUGAAUGGAGGAAAAAAAGGGCAAUGGCCUUAACCCAAGAUCUGAGUAGUUAUUCUUGGCUGCUAUGCAUUUUAUUGUGCAUUAGUUGAGAGAAUUUGGAGUUAUAUCAAUAUGGCAUCCCUUAGCUGGUACAUUUUCCCAUUCUUACCACCUAUGUGUUGGACAAUGCAUAGGAUAUAAAAAGGAGAAGUUAUAUGCCGAUCACUUCUGGGAGUUAAAGGGUUACACUUAAGAAAUAACAUGUUUUUCGGCAUUGUGCUUGCAAGUCAGCAUAAUUUUUGUUUGUUCGUUUUUUUCUCAGAAUUACGCUGAACUGUACCCUGAUGGACUCACUAAUCCCACAGUCGCCCCGAAUGAGCAGACACUGGUAACUAAUGUCCCGGAUGAACCACCACCGGAAUACACCCCGACAGCAGAUGCUACGUCACUUCCUGUUUUCUCGUCAACGGAAUCACAGGAACGUUCCGAGAUAACAGAACCGGCUUUAUCGCAACAUACGGGAGCUUCCACCCCAGUUUUGUCGCUUCAUCCGGGAGAUUUAGAAGCUCCGGUGUCAGUAGGCUCAACACCAUCGACAAGUUUAGACAAUAACACAACAAUUGUUCAAAUAAGUUCAUUGCGUCCUACUUCAGUAAUAACAGAUGUAUCCAUGCGAGGUAGUCAAAUCUCUGAGGAUAGUCAUUCGUCAGGAUCGCUGCCAAAUUUGGUAGAAACGGAUGAAUCAGAGGACUUAGAUGGAACUUUAUCAGUUGAGUCACAAAACAGACAAAGUGAAGCUAUGAACUCUGAAAGAUCUUCUGAAGUGUCAGAAACAAGAUAG